GGUUUAACAAACUUCGUUCCUUCUGAUACUUUUCCCUUGAUUUAGCAGCUCGGAAAGAUGCGCGAGCAGAAAGUGCGCCAGCUUUAGGGUUCAGAACACCUAUAAACCCUAAUGAACAAAACCAUAGCGCACGGUUGAUCUCUUCCUGCCGAUUCUUAUGGUGCCGCGAGUGUAGGGUUUUCAGUUCAAUCUGUACGGUAACUAUUUAGUGAGUUAAAAAAAGAAUGGAUGCGAGAGAGCCUUCCGGACUCGAUUCUUCCGAGCAUUCGGGUAUAAUGUUUGCUCCUAAUUCUUAUGGAAUUGGAGCUGGAUUUCCAAGCCACUCAAUGAUCAUGGCUAAUUCUUCUGGGAUGAGGUUUCCAAUUAACACUAUGCCAUCUUCUACAACAAAGCCACUGGAUGCUCUAGGUUCAAAUAACCCUGGAGAUGGUGUGCUUGGAAGAAGACCAGGUGGUAUAUUUAGUUUGAGUGAGCCCAUGAAGAAGAAGAGAGGAAGGCCUAGGAAAUAUGGGCCUGAUGGGACUAUGGCUUUGGGUCUUUGUUCUACGACUUCUACAUCUGAAUAUGACAACAAUAACACUUCAUUGUCUGAACCAACGGCUAAAAGACGAGGCCGCCCACCAGGCUCUGGAAAACUACGACAACUUGGUGCUUUGGGUUCCUCAGGCACCUCUUUCACUCCGCAUGUAAUUGCUGUUAAAGCUGGAGAGGACGUGGCUUCAAAACUUAUGGCAUUCUCGCAGCAGGGGCCUCGAACUAUUUGCAUUCUUUCGGCAAAUGGUGCCAUAUGUAAUGUAACACUUCAGCAACCAACUACAUCUGAUGGAACAGUAACUUAUGAG